GUACACACAGCCACCUCUCGUCCUUCGUUGUUUGUCUGGCCUUAGAUGGUACAGGAUGAUGUUUUGAGAACUGCCCCGUACCCCGCAAGAGGUACAACUUUGCAUGGCUGAGCUGGAUUACAUCACCAAUCCUGCUUUCAAGAGCUACCUGUCUUUCAGAAGACCCCCCGCCUCCCCCCCCCCAUGAAAGUAUGUAGCUCAUAAUUUACCCACAUCACGUUGCUUCCACAUCGGAUGGCCACAACACCUAGCUGACAGUGGCUCAGCAUAACCUAGAAACGAGUAAGGUCCUUGAUGUGCCUUGAUGGUGUCUUCGUGCGUGCGUGUUCAAAGAAGGCAGAAGAGAACCCGGGAUCCGCUGAAGCCAGAGUGUCGGGGGAUUGCAUCAUGACACCCUUGAAGACGCAGCACUCCCUGGUGGGUCAGCCUUACGCAGUGCCCCUUAUCCAGCCAGACCUGCGACGAGAGGAGGCGAUCCAGCAAGUGGCCGACGCCCUGCAGCACCUGCAGAGCAUCUCUGGAGACAUCUUCAGCAGGAUCUCCCAGCGAGUGGAGCUGAGCCGGCGCCAGCUGCAGGCCAUUAGGGAGAGGGUCUCCUUGGCCCAGGCUAAGAUAGAGAAGAUCAAGGGCAGCAAGAAGGCCAUCAAGGUCUUCUCUAGUGCCAAGUACCCAGCGCCCGAGCGCCUGCAAGAAUACGGCUCCAUCUUUACGGGUGCCCUCGACCCUGGUCUGCAGAGGAGACCCCGUUACAGGAUCCAGAGCAAGCACCGUCCCCUGGAUGAGCGGGCCCUGCAGGAGAAACUGAAAUACUUUCCUGUGUGUGUGAGCACCAAGGUGGAGCCUGAGGAUGAGGCUGAGGAGGGGCUCGGGGGUCUUCCUAGCAACAUCAGCUCCAUCAGCUCCCUGCUGCUCUUCAACACCACAGAGAAUCUGUACAAGAAGUAUGUUUUCCUGGACCCUCUGGCUGGCGCGGUAACAAAAACCCACACGAUGCUGGGCACGGAAGAGGAGAAAUUGUUUGAUGCCCCUCUGUCUAUCAGCAAGAGAGAGCAGCUGGAGCAGCAGGCUCCAGAAAACUACUUCUACGUGCCAGACCUGGGUCAAGUCCCUGAAAUCGACGUGCCGUCCUACCUUCCCGACUUGCCUGGCAUCGCAGAUGACCUCAUGUACAGCGCCGACUUGGGCCCUGGCAUCGCCCCCUCUGCCCCUGGUGCCAUUCCGGAACUGCCCACCUUCCACACAGAGGUGGCUGAGCCUUUCCAGCCCGAACUGGACGGCGGAGUGCUUCUGGCAGCGCCACCUCCCCCGCCACCACCGCCGCCACCUCCCCCAGCUCCCGCUGUGGUGGUCAGCACCCCACAGCCACCAGUGUUCCCUGAAGUGGCAACUGCGCCUGGCCCGGUUGCCAGGGAAGAAGACGCUGGCGGCAGCGUGGGCCACUCAGCCUCCGUCCAAGGAGCUCCUAAGGAGGUGGUUGACCCCUCCAGUGGCCGGGCCAGUCUGCUCGAGUCCAUCCGCCAGGCCGGGGGCAUUGGCAAGGCCAAGCUGCGCAGCGUCAAGGAGCGCAGGCUGGAGAAGAAGAAGCAGAAGGAGCAGGAGCAAGUGAGGGCCACCAGCCAAGGCGGGGACUUGAUGUCUGACCUCUUCAACAAGCUCGUCAUGAGGCGCAAGGGAAUUUCUGGAAAAGGACCUGCCUCCGGGACCAGUGAGGGGCCUGGGGGAGCCUUCACCCGCAUGUCAGACUCCAUCCCACCUCUGCCACCCCCUCAGCAGCCCGCGGGAGAUGAGGAUGACGAUGACUGGGAGUCCUGAGUGCGCCCUGGCCCUUCUCCCACGUUGGGCGGGGACAGCUGUGAGGGGCUCCUCCUCUCGGGUCCUGUUGCCCGAGGCGGUCCCAGGGUUGUACAGGUGUUCGGGUCUGUGCCCGGUCUCUCUUCAUGUAGAGGGGGCCGCGAGGCGCCUGCUGCCUCCCUGCUUCUCUGCACCCUCCCCUCAAGAGCAGCGGCGGCGGCAGCAGGCCUGGAAUAAAGAAAGUAGCGGCCUGAACCCCAGCCAACCGAGCCCUCUUAGUAAAUGAACGGCAGCCAUGCCCGCUGCCAACAGCGUCUUCUCAGGCACCCUGCAGGGUGUCUGGGGAACUGUACACUCUCUCUGGGAUCAAGGAAAUUGGAGAUGAGGGCAGCUAUUGCGGAGGGACAUUUUUCCCACUGGAAAAAGGACUUGGUGUUUGCUCAGGGGGCUGAGGCCAGGCGGUGCUGCAGGCCCCAGGGAGAACUUGGAGGCGAGCUAGGAAGUUUCACCGAGGACUGAGAACACACUUGGGGUAGGGCUGAGUUAGAACUGAAACUGGUGUGAGGUCCCUGUGGAUACAAGAGCCCUGAAAACGUCCAGGGCCAGCGGGAAAUUGACCCUCCUGUGGAGGAAGGCCAGCAGGAAGUUGAUCCUGGCCAUCUUGAGUGGGACACGCAGAGCUUGGGGGGUGAGCUGCCCUGGGCUGGGCAGUUAGGGCUAGUGUUUGCAGUUUCUUCAAGCCGAUCCACAUUUGCUGCUGGGAGCUCUUUGGUAUACAGGCCAUGUGGGGUCCACUCAGGUGUGCCCCGGGCCGUCAGAAGAGCUGGAGCUCUCUGGAUGAAACCGCACAUUCAGGAAAGUCACCAAGGAGGCCCUGUGGGGAGGGGAGGCAGACUGAACCUCUGCACAGCAGUGAAGGCAAGACCAGAGGUGGUUUUCACCUUCACUGCUGCGGGAACCAGGAUGGCAGCUCUGCCGGGACAGAGGGGCAGACCUGCACACACACACACACACACACACACACACACACACACACACACACACACACACACACACACACACACACACCUGCCGCCUCUCUGGUACCUGCUGGUCACAGCAGGGGCGUCACUGAGGGUGGGGCUGGUGCACUUCACAGUGGCCAUCGGGAACCCUCCUCUGCCCUCGGCAGGUACCGUCCCUCAUCCUCGAGCUGUCUGUCAGCUCCCAGCUUGCCUCUAGCUUGGUGGCAACCUUGACACUCCAAUUCCCCAUCAGCACCUUCCCUGGUGGGGGUCUCGCCUGGAGUUCUGGCUGCUCUGUUCUCACCUGUCCUGGUGGCGUGUUAGAGAGGAAGUCACAGAGAAGAGUGAGUGGGUGGAGGCCAAAGGGGUCAGCUCCUGUCAGAGCAGGGCCUUGCCACUGUGGCCUACAGGUGACACCCUGGCCUGUGAGUGACACAGCUUGUUACCAGGGUCAUUAGUAGGCAAGGCUCAGCCGCCUUCCCUGAGUAAGCCCCUUAAACAAAACAUAGUGGGGAGCAGUAAAGAGAUUUGUUCCGUGUGACUCCGCUGGGAAGAGGAACAGAGGUCUAGUUACACCCCCACUGCUGCCAAGUCUGCCUCUGGAGUGUUAACACUAAGUUUAGUCAAAUGGUAGACGGUAUGGCAGACGUGGCCCAGCCCCUCAUGACCCUCUGCCUAGCACCGCGGCCGCAGCCUUUUCCGUCUCCUGGUGGGAUCCUAAGGGGGACUCCAGUCCCUGAGGUACAUCAGCUCACGCGUCUGAUGGCCAAAGGGAGGCACAUGUAUGUGUCCCAACACUGCUUUGUUCUUGUGAGAAUGGCCCAGGCUCCUCUCCCCAGCCCGCCCUGUCCUCUGCAAUGCUGGAGGUACUCCAGAGAGUGACUAAUAAACCAUUUCUCACAUCCAGUA